UUUAUGGCCGAAUUUGGUUUUGCUGUUUUGGAUUGUCUCAACUCCCUGCUGAUAACACCAUACAGUCAGAUCAUGUACUAACUUGUUUACUUCAGCAGCAGCCUAACUUGAUUUUGUUACCAGGAUACAGAGCAUUAUGGAUUUCCAACUAGUUUUUAAAGUGUAGAUGGUUUUCAAAUGAUUAUUUGUUUUUCAAAUUUUUGUUUUUGUUUUUAGGUUCUAGUUAUACAAAGGAUAGGAAGUGUACAAGAACAUUAGGCAGAGGAUAAGGAGAAGAACUUUGACACAGAAGAGAGAGCAAUAUUUAAUAUUUGGGCCUGCUGUUGCUAUGAUGAAAAACAUGUACGAGGUCAUAUAACUUUAGGGAGCAUUUCUGAAUUAAGACUGGUAUGAAAAUGGAAUUUAAAGUAUCAAAUGAAGGCUCCCAUAGCCAAAAUAAUAUAUGUUUUGGUUUUGACCCCCACGUAUUUGGGAAAACGGUCAUGCUAAAACAACAAUAAACCAUGUACCUGCAGAACCUCAGACUUGUUUGAUGUUGAAGUCAUGUAGUAACUGCAUGAUUUUUUACUUUGGUUGAACAUUGAGAAAGACGGAAAAAAUCUUGGAUGCUCCCCCUCUAACAUACGCACACGACUUUAAGACACAGAAAAUACUCCUUUCAUUUGUCAAGAUGGAAGCUUACUACUGCCCUUUGCUCUCCUUCAGGUCUUUUCACUUAACAUUUUCUACAGUUAUACUUAAGUAUUUCAGACAAGAAUAAGCAAAAAUCACGCCUGGGGCUCUUCUUUCGAGGGUAUUUUGGCUGUACUGUCACCCACGUUAGGAAUGGAAAGUGCAGCACAAGCCGUACAUUUUACAUUUUCGGCAACCACAUCCCAUCACUAGCCUUUGAAGUACGACACAGCUGUCCUCAUUUUACAAAUGCAGACACCGACGUCCUGCGGGGGUGACUGCCCCGCACGCAGCUGGUGAGGGGCUGCGCCGAGGUCCAGAUGCCAGGCUUCAGGUACACGUACCAGGAAUGACGUCACAGGCGGUGCCAGGCGGGGAUCCACGGGCUCGGGAUGCGUGCUUGGCCGGAAGCGACGCCUCGCAAGCCCCGCCCCGCCCCGCGCGAGCCGGUAGUUGCGCCUCCCAGACUGCAGUCGGCCAGGUUUCGGGGUGCGAGGCCAGGCAGGCUAGGCGAGGCGCGGGCCGGCCCCGCCCCUAAGGCCGGCCCCACCCCUCAAGGCCCGCAAGUACCUUUCCCAGAGACUUGGCUGGGCGCGGCGCGAGGCCGGCGCUGCGGUGAGUCCCAGUUCCCGACAGCCGGGCUCGGCCAGCGACUGGGCGGGGAGGCAGAGGAUGGAAGUGGGCUUAUCGGCCAUUACCCUCUUUCUCGCCAGCGCCAGCAGCCCUGUUUUGGCAACGACGAUGGACCAGGAGCCAGUGGGCCGUGUGGAACGAGAGGCCGUCGCAGCUUCAGGAGUUGCGGCCGCCGCGGCUUUCGGGGAAUCUGCGGGGCAGAUGAGUAACGAAAGAGGCUUUGAAAAUGUAGAACUGGGAGUCCUAGGAAAAAAGAAAAAAGUCCCAAGGAGAGUCAUCCACUUUGUUAGUGGCGAAACAAUGGAAGAAUACAGCACAGAUGAAGAUGAAGUUGAUGGCCUGGAGAAGAAAGAUGUUUUGCCUUCUGUUGAUCCGACAAAACUUACCUGGGGCCCAUACUUAUGGUUUUACAUGCUUCGGGCUGCUACAUCAACUCUCUCAGUGUGUGACUUCCUUGGAGAGAAGAUUGCAUCUGUUUUGGGUAUCAGCACCCCAAAGUACCAAUAUGCCAUUGAUGAAUAUUACCGGAUGAAGAAGGAGGAGGAGGAAGAAGAAGAAGAAAACAGGAUAUCUGAAGAAGCAGAAAGACAGUAUCAACAGAAUAAAUUGCAGACUGAUUCCAUUGUUCAGACGGAUCAACCAGAGACAGUGAUAUCCAGCUCAUUUGUGAAUGUCAAUUUUGAAAUGGAGGGAGACAGUGAAGUAAUUAUGGAAAGCAAGCAAAAUCCAGUCUCUGUCCCACCGUAAAAUGAAAUGACUAUCAAGCUUUAAACUCUUAAGUUUUUUUUUUUAAAUAUAGAAACUUUCACAUUCUUUAUUCAGUGGGACUUCAUACAAUUAUUUAUAUUUUAAAUUAUUAAAAUAUCUGGAAAGGGAAAAUGUUUCUUCAUUUUUAGGAUCUAUCUAGCAAAAGCCAGAUCUGAAAUUCAGAUAUUUGUACUGUUUUUACUGUGCAUAGAAUUAGUGCUUUGGUUUUAAAAUGAUCUUUUAAAAAUGUUAAGGACAUCCUAGAGCCUUAAUAGUUAAGAAGAGUUAAAUUAUCAAGCCUGUCUAUUUGUGCGUUUGCUUUUUUAAAAAAAGGUAAGUUGCUGAUUAAGUCUAAUUGUAAUUGAUAAUUCCAUAGUCUUAGAUUAAAAUGAGGAUAUUUUCUUCUAGAUUUUCUCAUAUUAUGCCAUGCCUUUAUAUAUCUAACCAUUAAUUCACAUUAAGGAUGCUUCACCAUAUAAUAAAAGGAGCAAGAUGGAAGCACUUUGAAUUUUCUUUCAUUGAGAAUAACUUUUAUGUAAGAUUCUGUAUUUAUAACACCAGAUAUUAAGAUAGGCUUCCAUUUUUUAAUGCAAGCCACUUAAUCUUGUAUUCUAUUUCAGGACUCAAAUAACUAGCUUUGAACAUAAAAUUAAAACACUACUUAUAGAUUUAUUAAUGUUAAACCUAGUGAAUAUCCAUGUGGCAUCCUGGUUAUGUUAUCCGUUCAGCAUUCAUCCUAUAGAAAAGUGGUUUGGAGGAGAUUGGGGGAUAGUGGGACAGGUACAGAUUUAAUCCAUCAAGAGCAAUUAGAUAUUGUAUAAGGUGUAAUGAUAGCCUAACGAAAUUACCCGACAUUCAUCAUUUAGAAGUAGCAACAGUGAAGACUAGACAGUUUGCCUGAAUUUGUUUGGCCACUCCUCUACCUACUUGGUUAUUUGUAAACCUUAUAAAGGUAUAUAUUGUGAAGCUAAUUUUGAAAAUAUUCCUAAAUAUGGCCGGGUACGGUGCUUAUGCCUGUAAUCUCAGCACUUUGGGAGGCCGAGGCGGGCAGAUUACUUGGGUCAGGAGUUUGAGACCAGCCUGGCCAAUGUAGUGAAACCUCAUCUCUACAAAAAUACAAAAAUUUAGCUGAGUGUGGUGGUGCACGUCUGUAAUCCCAGUUGCUUGGGAGGCUGAGGCAGGAGAAUCACUUGAACCAGGGAGGUGGAGGUUGCAGUGAGCCGAGAUUGCACCACUGCACUCCAGCCUGGGCGACAGAGAGAGACUCCAUCCUGGGGGAAAAAAAAAAAAAAAAAAAAUAUAUAUAUAUAUAUACACACACACACAAUUUCUAAAUGUGUGUAUAGAACCUUUUAUCAGUAUAACAUUGAUUUAUAAUUAAAUGUGGGUGAGGAAGAAUGUGUGGAGUAUUUCAGAAAUUUUGAUCUUAAAACGAUUUUCAGAAACUUAAAGCUGUUAGAAAUUGUUAUAUUAAUAGCCUUCUAAACAACAUUAAGUUUUCAAUCUUAAUAUAUCUAUAUAAAAUAUAGUGUCCGAAAGUAACAUCAUCAGUAUAGUGGGUCUGUAAUGGAAAUCUGUGUCAAUGAACAUGAACUGAGUUCUUCAACUACAGGUCGAAGGAUAAUUAAACUUUUCAUUAGGAGUGUUCAGCUACAUGGAUUCAUGGAGUGGUGGUUCAUAGUAAGUGAUAGUAAUCUUUUUAUUCAUGGGUAUAAACCGUUUAUAACUGAGUGCUCAAAAGAUUAAUUUUUUGAUUAUAUAAUGUCCCAUGAAGUAUAAUUUACCAAUACUUCUAAAACAUGCUAACCUAACCUUUUCCUUCUAAUUUAACUUCAUUCGAGAUAGUACCUCUCACUCACAGAUAUUUAUUUGGUUAUCAAGUGCAGGUAGGUAUGUCUAAAAGUCAUCUUUUGAAUCCUCUCUCCCUAGAGGUAAUAGUAUCUAGAGUUUACCCAGAACAUUUUAUGAUUGUAAUAAAAGGAAGUAGUGACUUAUGGAGGUUUUGUUUCUUGAAUUUUACUUUUGCUACUUGUCCAAUAGUGGCUAGUUUAUCAAUACAGUUAUUCACUGUGCCUUAAGUUUAUACUGUUUGUGCAAGCUAUAAAAUUUCCCAUAAAUGUA